AGAAGUAAUGCCUCACCACCCAAGCAUCAAACCUAGAUGUUCUCUCUAUCAUAGCUUUUAUAAAGAGUCACUGACUUUUGAGGAAAAUGUUGCAAGACGUCCCGGUGGAAUUGAUCUUGACCAGUGGACAUGGUUUCUUCAAUACCGCAAGGAUAAGAAAACACAGCCACAAAAAGCAACCAGCAGGCCCAACACUGAAAAUCGACGGAAGCAAACUUAUACACACACUAAUGGUUCAAAAAGCUUACCUAGGAGAAAAGCUGAAGAGGAGCGUAAACGUGGGAGACCAAUGAGUAGAGGAGAGUUGUGGCCCUUGACUCACAAACGGAAAGACUCGACAUAUAUGAAUGAAGCAGCCAAGCUUAUUGGUGAGCAAAUAGAGAGGAUUGAAAGUCUGGAUGGCGUGUCAAAGAAAAUUUCAGAAUUUGAUUCACUUGCACAAGUGUUAGGAAAGGAGCACGCUGGUCGGGUUCGAGGAGUAGGUUAUGGGCCGACACCUACUCAAGUGUUUGGCCAAACAGCCUAUCAAUUUAAGGGUGUAUCUUCAACACAAGCUAAUCGAGAUCAUGAAAUGGAGGAGAUGAAGUUGAAGAUGCAGGAGCUUCAAUCCGUGGUGGAAAGUGAGAGAUCUAGAAGGCGUGCUCUUGAGAACUUUCUAACAAGAUAUAUAGUCCAACAAGGAAUGGAAUUGCCGGCCGAGUUGGCUGAUAUGGAUAGUGCUGCGACGGCAUCAAACAGGCCAAGACCAUCUUCCUCAUCCAAAUGUUGAAACCCACAGCGAUGCUAAUCAUGUUGUUCAAUCUGAAUUUUGCUUAUGGAUUUCAGUUCUAAUUUUGUUAGCAAUGAACUUGUUUUUCCGGAACUGUGGAUUUUGCAUCAGUUUAUCAUAAUUUAGUUCUUAUAUCAGAUUUUGGUUCUUAUAUUUUGCCUCUGUGCCUUUUAUUGAGUAGUGCAGAUUUUAUGUCUUGUGAUCAGAUCUUUUGUUAUAUGACCAGAAGCUCUUUUAAUUGCAGUGAGCUAUAUAUUUUGCAAAAGUUCUUUUUCUAUUUAA